AUGGAUCUCCAUCGCUGCCGCUUCGUUCCCUACCCGCCCUCCGCCAUCAACGCCCUUGCCUUCUCCCACCCCUCCGCCCGCUCCAAGAACCAGGCUGCCCUCUCGCGCCUCGCUGUCGGCCGCGCCAAUGGAGAUAUUGAGAUCUGGAACCCGCUCGCCGGCGCCUGGCAUCAGGAGACCGUCCUCCGCUCCGGCGCGGACCGCUCCGUCGACGGCCUCGUCUGGGUGAACGACCCUGACGACGACGAUACCACCGCCGCCCUCCCCGGCCGCUCUCGCCUCUUCAGCAUCGGCUACACCUCCGCCGUCACCGAGUGGGAUCUCUCCACCGCCCGGCCCCUCCGCCACGCCAGCGGCCAGCACGGCGACAUCUGGUGCCUCGCCGCUCAACCUCCCGCCUCCCCCCAGGACCCUGUCACCCGUCUCGUCGCCGGCACCAUCGACGGCAUGCUCGCCCUCUACUCCCUCGAGGACAACGACCUCCGCUUCCAGCGCCUGCUCGUCAAGUCCCCGACCAAGAAGGCUCAGAUGGUCAGCAUCGCCUUCCAGUCCCGCCACGUCGUCGUCGUCGGCUGCUCCGACUCCACCCUGCGCGCCUACGACAUGCGCAACGGCUCCAUGCUGCGCAAGAUGGCCCUCGGUGCCGACCUCGCCGGCGGCGCCCGCGACAUUAUCGUCUGGAGCGUCAAGGUCCUGCCCUCGGGCGACAUCGUCUCCGCCGACUCCACCGGCCAGGUCUGCAUCUGGGACGGUAAGACCUACACCCAGAUGCAGCGCAUCCAGAGCCAUCGUCAGGACGUUCUCAGCCUCGCCAUCAGCGCCGACGGCUCCGCCAUCCUCAGCGGCGGCAUGGACCGCCGCACCGUCCUCUACAAGAAGACCUCGGGCUCCGGCGCCCGUUGGGGCAAGGUCUGGAGCAGGAAAUACCACGACCACGACGUCAAGGCCAUGGCCUCCUUCGAGAGCCGCAAGAUGAGUGUCGUCGUUUCAGGAGGUCCCGACGCCUCCCCCGUCGUCCUUCCCCUCAAGGAGCUCGGCCGCGAGAAUCACAGGACACUCUCCAGCCUGCCCCAGUCGCCGCCCCUCGCCAGUGCUCCGUCCGCGCGGAUGGUCGUCGGCUGGUGGGACCGCGAGAUCCAUAUCUGGAAGCUGCAGAGCGCCUUCGACGGCCUCUACGGCGGCAACGCCGCCGACGUCGACACCAACCUAGAGAAGAACCGCAAGCUCCUCAAGACCAUCCUCGUCAAGGGCGAGUCCAACAUCACCUCGGCCGCCAUCACCCGCGACGGCUCCCUCCUCGUUGCCGCCACCGGGACCGACGUCAAGGCCUUUCACCUGCGCCACCAGAACCCGACCAAGCCCUCGGACAUGAAGCUCGCCCCCGUCGCCGUCCCCAAGCCCCUCGCGGGCGCCGGCGCCAGCAAGAUCGUCCUCUCCCCCGAUGGCACCUGGCUCGCUGCCAUCCAGGACGGCUCCAGGGUCCUCGUUGCCAACAUCACCCGCGAAGGCGGCAGCGGCAACAGCGACGACGCUCUCGUCAUCCAGAAGCCCCGCGUCAUCAACCGCCUGCGCCGCAACAUCCCCAAGCGCCAGGCCCUCGCCGGCCUCGGCAACUACGAGAGGAGCAUCACCCAGCUCGCCUUCUCCCCGGACGGCCGCAUGCUCGCCUCCGCCGACCUGGCUGGCUACAUCGACACCUGGGUCUUGCAGGACGGCGCCGCGGAGGACACGACCACCGCCGACGCCGCGUCGACCUCUGACAGCGACGAGUCGGACGACGAGGACAGCGUCAACAACACAGCCGCCGCCACGGGAGAGCGCUGGGUCCGUAACCCUCGCGCGUCCCUCAUGCCCAAGCUCCCGGCGCCGCCCGUCGUCCUCUCCUUCUCGGACGAGACCGCCACCGCCCCCGCCGACGGCGCGACGACGGCGACGACGACGACAGAGUACACCCUCGUCGCCGUCACAACGUCAUGGCACAUCCUCGCCUUCCACCCCGUCGCCGGCUCCCUCACCCCCUGGUCCCGCCGCAACCCCGUCUCGCGGCUGCCCGCCACCAUCCGCGACACCCGCGACCUCGCCAAGGGCCUGCUCUGGCAAGGGCCGCGCGUCUGGAUCUACGGCGUCUCCUUCCUCUUCAUGCUCGACCUCUCCCAGGACCUCGCCGCCCCGAACGGCACCGCCGCCGCCGACCCGGAGACCGCCCUCGUCCAGCAGCACCUCCAGCACCAGGCCGGCACGAAGCGCAAGCGCAGAGGCCCCGAGAGCGGCGCCGGCGCGCGCAUGGCCAUCGGCGCCGUCGUCCCGCAGAAGGUCGACCGCUUCGUCGGCUCCAAGGCCUCCAAGGAGUGGCAGGACGACAUCGAGAAGCAGAAGCUUGCUGCUGCCGCCGGCGGUGAUGAGGACGCUAUGGACGUCGACGCCUCCGACGAUGACGAUGACAAUGACGACGGCAGCGAGAGCGAGGGCGGCGAGCUCGCGGCCCUACGCAACCGCAACCAGGAGACCCAGACCGAGGAGGGCGCCGAGGGCAAGACGCGGUGGUGGUACACCUACAAGUACCGUCCCAUCCUGGGCAUAGUACCCCUCUCCUCCGGCGAUGCCGCCGCCACCGACAGCACCAACACGACGCCCUCGCUCGAGGCCGUCCUCGUCGAGAGGCCCAUCUGGGAGGUGGACCUUCCCGAGAGGUACUUUGUCGGCAACGAAUGGGAGAAAUAG